AUGUCAAUCGACGAGCCGAUAUCGUCCAAUGAUUUAGAAACAUGUAUUACAGUUCUUGGAAAAUUUAACUCUCAAAAAUCAUAUUCAUUACUUGAAUCAAACGAAUUUAAUGAACUUCGACCAUUAGUUCAUAGUUUAUUUCAUAUCGAAAAACGAAUAAAAAGGAAACGAUUACAAGAUGAACGUCUUCAAUUGAAAUUACAAGAUCAAAAAGCAAAAAACUCAUGUUUACUUCGUUCUGGUCGAGCAGAAAAACUUCAACAAUUACAAUUACAACAUAUUCUCGUACCUGAUGGAACUGUACAAAUUCAAUCAAUAACAUCAACAAAUAUUGCUCAACGACUUCUUAAAUCUUUACCAUGUUAUAUAUGUAAACUUAAAUAUCGUACAUUACAUUUUUUCUAUGAUCGUCUAUGUCCAUCCUGUGCAAAAUUUAAUUAUGAAAAACGUAUACAAACAACCGAUUUAUCAAAUUGUGUAGCUUUAGUUACUGGUGGUCGAGUUAAAAUUGGUUAUCGAAUUGUUCUAAAAUUAUUACAUGCAAAUUGUUUUGUUAUAGCAACAAGUCGAUUUCCAAUGGAUCUUUUAAAUCGUUUGAAAAAUGAACAUGAUUUUAACGAAUGGAAAGAUCGUAUGCAUGUUUAUGCUGUUGAUUUUCGUUAUUCACAAUUAAUUGAACAAUUUACACAAAUGAUCAUUGAAAAAUAUGAUAGAUUAGAUUUUUUAAUUAAUAAUGCUUGUCAAACUAUUCAACGACCAAAAGAAUUUUAUCAACAUUUAUUUAGUAACGAAAGAUUAACUAAUUAUUCACUUCUGUCAAAUGAUCAACUACAAAUUCUUGAUGGAAAUUUGCAAUUCUACACACAAUUAGUUCCAUCUUCGAAUAAACUUCUUCAUCAUACAUCUUCCUCGACAAAUGAUUCAACAUCUUCUUCAAUUAUUAGUACGAUUUCGUUUGAUGUUAAUCAUCAACCAAUUGAUUUUCGUUCAAACAAUUCAUGGAUGUUACGACUUGAUCAAUUAUCAACAAUGGAAAUGAAUGAAGUAUUUGCUAUAAAUACAUUAGCACCAUUUAUUCUCAAUAGUAAAUUAAAAAUUCUCAUGACAGAUAAACAUCCCGAUCGUGAAAGUAAAAAAUUUAUUAUUAAUGUAUCAGCUAUGGAAGGUUCAUUUUCUCGUAAAAAUAAAACUGAUCGACAUCCGCAUACAAAUGCAGCUAAAGCAGCAUUAAAUAUGAUGACACGAACAUCAGCAAAUGAUUAUCAAAAAUCAAAUAUAUAUAUGAUUUCUGUUGAUACAGGUUGGAUUAAUGAUGAAAAACCAUUACAUAAAGCAUAUGAAUGUAUGACUAAUUAUGAUUUCCAAACACCACUUGAUGAAGAAGAUGCAGCUGCACGUGUUCUCGAUCCAAUUAUUGAUACUUAUCGUCAGUUAGCUGAAGGCAAAACAAAUAUUAAUAUUCCAUAUGGAUGUUUUCUAAAAGAUUAUCAUCCAUGUGAUUGGUAA